AUGGAGCCGGACCCGCAAGGAGACAGCGGUAGCAGCAGCCGUGAUGGGCCUGGCGCGGUUGCCAGCUCUUCAGCCGCCGCCCCUGGCCUCACGGCCUCUCAGCGCCGCGCAGAGAUUCGCCGGAGGAAGCUGCUGAUUAACUCAGAAGAACGGAUCAAUCGGAUAAUGGGUUUCCACCGGCCGAAAGCGGAUGAUGACACCCAUUCAGAAUCAAAGCUUCAACUGGAACAAGAUAAAUUGACCAUUCCUGCUCCGUCCGUUUCCAAGCGAAUUGUACUUGGUGACACUGUCUGCAGUUUGGCAGGAACAGCUGACCAUGGAAGCAGUGCAGUGGAGCACAAGGGAGAGAAAAAAGACUUGUUUAAUAUAGCACCUGAGGUUGAUAGUGAUGGCACCGCUGAACUCCGGCAGUGCAGUAGAGGUGAUCUGAUGGAACAGCGAACUCCUCAGCAUGGCCUAGACCAGUAUUUGUCAAGAUUUGAUGAAGCUAUGAAAUUGAGAAACCAACUGAUGAGUGAGAAGCCAAACCAGGAAAAUGGAAAUGCUGCAGAGGAAUUUGAUUCUUUCCGUAUUUUUAGAUUAGUUGGGUGUGCACUUCUUGCCAUUGGAGUUAGAGCUUUUGUGUGCAAAUACUUGUCAAUAUUUGCUCCAUUUCUUACCUUACAGCUUGCAUACAUGGGGUUGUCUAAGUAUUUUCCAAAGAGUGAAAAGAAGACAAAGACUACAGUAUUAACUGCUGCUCUUUUACUGUCUGGGAUUCCAGCAGAAGUGAUCAGUCGUUCCAUGGACACAUAUAGCAAAAUGGGGGAUGUCUUCACAGACCUCUGUGUCUAUUUCUUUACUUUCAUUUUCUGCCAUGAACUGCUUGUGUUCUUUGGUUCUGAAGCACCAUAACUGCGGGACUUUGUGUGAUACUUCAAAAGAACUGCAUCAGUCUUUAUUCUGCAAAUGUCUCUGGAUACGUACAUAGGGUUAAACUUUUAUCCAAUUCUUACUUGUUUCAGUCCUGCUUAAAACAUGUUCCUGAAUGGAAGGGCCCAACUUUGCAGCUAAAUUACUGAAGCCUCAGUAUAGUGCACAGUGACUGAUAUAUGGAUGAUAGCAUGUGAAGCUCAAUACAACUAUAGGACCUUUCUUCUAAAUAUGAAUAUGUUCUUUCUUACCCCUACUGGCUCAAACGGUGUCCUUUCUUAACCUUGUUGGCUCCAACAGUGAUCUUUCUCAUCAGCAAUACAGUGUGGUAACACAGCAUAACUGAUGUCUUAAGCUUAGUUGAACUGCUUAUAAAUUGUAAUUUGGAAUCCCUCAAAAUUACAACUCAUCACUUUUAUUCCCCUAAAUCUCUGAAUGUAUACAUUUUAACUAGAAGAAUGUUCUGAAAAAAAAUGCCAACCGUAGCUGCUGUCUCUGAAACAGGAGGUGUAUCAUCAUGCUCUUGUUCUGUUUGUUGUGACAGGUAGGCUUGAAAUGGGAAUGCUGAAGCAAAUAAUAGAUCAGUGAUGCCCAACCUGAUUCCCGUGUAUGUUCUCUCUGAGCAUUCAAUAGCUCUUCCAUUUGAGUUGAUGUUCUAAUUUCCAAUGUUUACACAGUUUGUUAUAAUAUACUGCAUUGUGUAACCAGUUAAAAAGUUGCUCUUUUUAGGCCUAUAUUUUGUACCUAAGCUAUCACAGUUUUGCUCAUUUUUCUGGUUUAGCAAUUAUUUCUGCAUCAUAUUUUCUAUGCUUUUCUUUCUAAGAAUAUGUGCGUACAAAGUUAGGUCUAUUACACAUGAACACUUCCGAGGGAUCACAACAUUUACUAAUAACAGGAAAUUCACACUGGUUUAGUAAAUGGGAUACAGAACAUAAUAAUGCUGGCUUUUUAAAAUAUACUUGAAAACAGGUUUCAUAAAUCAUACCCAAAAUAUUUAAUUGAAGUUAUUUCCAUCAGAAUCAAUAGGACUUAAUUCCAAGUGAUUGGUUUAUCAUUGGUUCAUUACUUAGGUUUCUGUUCUGUUUUACUGGCUGUUAUAAUGAUCAAGCCUUUACUUGGCUUUCAGGAUUGUUCUGAAGUUACUUAAGCAUAUUGUCUCUCUUCUCCCACUCCCACAAGUUCUAUGAUUGCUAUGUAUUGUGUACUGGUAGAUUUUUAUCACUUGAAGGGCUAGUUGAGAUACGGCAUAAGACCAUGAUGUGGUUAAGUAUUUGUGUGCCUCCUUCAUGUAAGAAAUCCUUACUCAUUUUUGUCGUUAUUUCCUAAUUAAAGAUGUCUGUCAUUAUUUCCUAAUUAAAGAUGCUGCUAACUUCAGUUAUGAACCUAUGGUCCACCCCCAGUAUUUAAACACUAUUUUGUUAUAUUUACACUGGCCUGUGGGAGAAAUUAGGCUGCUAUAGAUUAUUGUCCAAUAUUGUGAAGGAUGAGUAUAUUUUUCUCUUGGCUUUUGAUGUGUAGUGUCCUGACAAUGAAAUGGUCUUGCUUUACAAUUUAGAAGCUUAGUUGUUACUAACCAACCAUGCACACUGAAUUUUUUUGCUACCUCUGCAUUUUACCAAUUUAUCUUUUAAAUUCUAUAAUCACAUAAACACAAAAUUCUCCCUUUAGAAACAGCAUUCAGAGUUUUAAUAUUUUUAUGAUAGCUUUUGUUGGGACAUAACACUUGCAAUUUCACCCGAUUCUCCUUCUAUACUGAGCUGUUGAGACUUGUAGGGGCCUACUUAGGGAUUAGGCAAGGCUUACAGAUCAAACUCAGUGUUGCUUAAAAGCAUAUGAGGCUUCCUCACUAGUUUGUUUUGAACUUUCUUAUGUUUAAUUUUAAUAUUUUAAAUAAUAAUAUUAUUAAUGAUACUUUAAUAAUAAUAACAGUGACAUCUGUUAGGUGGGAAGUAUCGAGAGCUAGGAUCUGUAGAAGGGACGAAGAUACACAGGAGAAAACAGUACAAAUUGCUGUAACUUUGAUUUCUAGCUUUGUGAAGAAGCUCCUACUGCUAAAAUGACAAGAUUUUGUUCAGCUUCAAAAACUCCUUCACUCUUUAGCUGUGGGGAACAGCUAUGGGAGAACAUAAGCAAAACUCAGUUUGUAUGUUAGGGUUUCCCAUGUGCAUCUAUCCUGGACAACAUAUUCUAUUGUGUUCAAGAGGCUUUGCCCUACUGUAAAAUUUGAUAUCUAAUUGUACAUGUUUUACUAUGUUUCUGCACGUCUAUUGAAGCAUAAGCAUUGGAUGGCCUUCAGAAGAUUCAGAAAAAUGGCUUAGCAAAUAGCUAAACCUGAGUUAGUUGAAGGUUUUGUGUUGGCAAAUGGUAAUUAUAGAAAUUUCCAUUUUCUCUAUAGAAAUUUGCAAAAUGAAGACCCUUUAAACAUUCUAAACUACUAAUUUCAGUUGUUGAAGUUAAGCUAUUGUAACAGUAUAAAUUGUGACUUUUCUAGUAUUUUUGAUCCCUGUAGGCUUGACAUGCUGGAUUUUUAAAUAGUAAUACAAGUAUGAUUUUUUUUGAUCUAAAUGGAUCUUUUUGUUCAAACUACUUGCUUGUAAAAUUUAAAACCAAGAAAAUAAAACUUUCUUAUGUAACUUUCCCUGCUGUGAAAAGGAAUAUGGGAUGUAAUAACAGGUAAAAGUGUCCACAAGGCGUUUGAUAUGUUACAUUUGCAAAACUAGGAUUCCUCUAAACAGUUAUCUUAUGUGUUACGAAUAUCCAUUGUAGUGUUUAUUUCUACUCUGUUUCUAUUAGAUUUAUUAAAAUUACGUUUAUCAUUUCUCA